AACGACUCCCAGAUGUCCUCAGCGGCAUGAAGAUAAGUCGCGCGUGUGCCGGUUGAAGUUCACGGGGCAAGAUCGAGCGUUAGUCAUGAUGGGCUAGUCCAAGGCGGACGGACAUACCGUUAACAGUGUGUGCGAGGUCUGCGGAUUACUACACAGAUGGGAGAAGGUCGUUUUCUAAGCAGGACCAUGUGGCGGCAAGUGAUACUUUUAGGAUCUGUAUUAAGUGCCUGCUAUGCGUGUCAAGGAAGGACUUGCGCCCAGUGUGUGACGUCAGGAGGAAACUGCGCCUGGUGCUCUGAACUGGUGAUUGUCAACCCAGAGGACCGAUGUGGCACGAUAGAGGAGAUCAACAAGACCUGUUCCCUUGGGAACAUCACCUUCCCCAGCAACAACAUCGAAUACAACGAGAACAACGACGUAACAGACGGCGUAAACGGCAAGGAAUCGGUGCAACUGCAGCCACAACGACUGACACUGCAGAUCCGCCCCAAUUCCAAAGUGAAGGUUCCCAUGCGGUACCAAGCUGCCAGGAACUACCCUGUGGAUCUGUACUUCCUCUUUGAUUUAUCCUUCACCAUGAACACUCAUAAGCAGAAACUGGGCAACUUAGCCGGACAAAUAGCUAGCAAAAUAGGAAAUAUUUCAAACAAUUACCGGCUUGGGUUUGGUUAUUUUCAAGACAAGGUCAUUCUGCCAUUCACCAAUACAGUUCCCAGUCGACUACAGGACCCAUGUAAUGCAAACGAGAAACCCAGAUGUUCGGCUCCAUACGGCUAUCGACAUCGGCUGAACUUCACGAAGAACGUGUCGAUGUUCGUGGAGAGUGUGAAAACCGCCAACGUCACUGGGAAUAUAGAUGCGCCUGAAGGAGGCCUCGACGCCAUCAUGCAGGCUGUAACAUGUGAGAAGCAGCUGGGGUGGCGCGAGUCCGCAAGGAAACUUCUCAUCUACUCCUCCGACUCCACGUUCCAUGCAGCAGGGGAUGGAAGGUUGGCGGGUAUUGUCAUCCCUAAUGACGGACAGUGUCACUUGGACAAGAGUGGGGAAAACCCACAAGAAUUAAUCCAGGAUUACCCGUCCGUGGGUCAGAUCGCCUACUGGGUGUCCAAGAGGAAAGUCAACAUUAUUUUCGCCAUUGCCAAACAAGAUGCCAAGCAGGACUAUGACAAACUGAGUGAAGUCAUCGUGGGUUCAAGCGUCGACGUCCUUGACGCAGACUCCAGCAACGUCAUCAAGAUAGUGAAGGACAACUACGAGGCUAUCAUAUCGGAAGUGACGCUGAAAGUGGACGCACCGCCGAAUGUAACGGUUACUCUUGUUCCAGAUUGUACCUCGAAAAACAAGGAUUUACCGGAACAGUGUAAAGGAAUAACAAUAGGACAGCCGGUAGACUUUGAGGUUGAGAUUCUGGCCACUAAUUGUCCCGCUGACCCCGCUGACCGGGUACAGAACAUCACGAUAACGCCGGUCAAUCUGCCCGAGACAAUGACCGUCACCCUGGAGUUCAUAUGUCAGUGUGACUGUGAGAAACCCGGGAAAGGAGAGGUGAACAGCUCGCGGUGCAGUGGGGGUAAUGGCACCUACCAGUGCGGGGUUUGCUCCUGCAACGAGGGUCGUUUCGGUAAAACCUGCGAAUGCAGUAAAGGAGAUUUGUCAACAAGCGAGACGGAGUCAUGUCAAGGCCCCAACUCGACUGUGCAGUGUUCCGGUGUUGGGAAGUGCGAGUGUGGACAGUGCGUCUGUAGACGUGGUUACAGCGGAUCCUACUGCCAGUGUCAUGACAACGCCUGCCCCACCUACGCGGGACGCACGUGUGGGGGGCCGACACAAGGCCGAUGUUCGUGCGGGACGUGUUUCUGCAACGACGGCUACACCGGCAACAGCUGCGAGUGCGCCAUCAGUGACGUCACCUGCCGAGACGACAAACAGGAACUGUGUAGCGGUAACGGAACCUGUGUGUGCGGACAGUGCAAGUGCCGGGAGGGGUACGUUGGCCGACUCUGCGACAAGUGCCCGACAUGCCCAGGUGUAUGUGCCGACAGUCGCACAUGCGCAGAGUGUGUAGCGUUCGGGACCGGACUUCCGGAAAUCGACUGCCUUAAUAAGUGUGGUCACGUGGUGAAGGUGGAAAACAUAGACGAAGACGACAAUGGUACAUGUAAACUCAAGGACGAAGACAGAUGCACGAUGAAGUUCAAGGUCAUUUACAACAGUGAGCGUAACACAACGAUACUCGUACAAGACGCUAAAGAUUGCCCUAAAGAGGUGGACAUCCUCCCCAUUGUGCUGGGGGUUGUCGGGGGAAUUCUGGGUGUCGGAAUACUGCUGUUGAUAUUAUGGAAAAUAUUGACGUCCCGAUAUGACGAGAUAGAGUACGCCCGCUUUAAGGAGGAAAUAAAUAACCCCAAGUGGGGACAGGCGAGGAAUCCAAUUUUUAGAGACCCUACAACAACUUUCAACAAUCCAAAUUUUGAAAGAAGUGAACCUUUGGCGGACUAAUUGCCGAGAGUUAAAGGAAGACCUAUCAUCAUUCAUAAUACUCAUCUUGUCUUGCAGUUGAAGGUACCUAAAUUCAAACGUCGGUGUCUUGACCGAGGACGAGAUUUGAUUACAAUUACAUAACAGGGAAUCACAUAUACAUGAUGAACAUACACUCGGUCCAAAGUAGCCCCUAUGUAAUACGACUCUCUCAAUUAACCAGCAGUGUCUGCCAAGCAGAACGCAGAAUAAUAUGAACCUGCAUAAUCCGGCUCUUUCUUUAAAAAUAUACCGGCUCCAAACUCCAACUCUCAACACCGCAAUCGGCAAUGUGCAUCGUAUAUUUAUUUGAUGAAGAAGACGUUAUAUUGCCAUCAUGAAAUAAACUGAAUAAUUCAAUCUCCAACACUAAAUAAUUCUAAAUAAGUAUUGGUCUUUACUGCACUGUAUUUGGGACGAAUACUGGGAAACGAUUUCAGGGUAUAUAAAAAUCUCUUCAUUAUUUGUGUGGAAUCUCUUGUAAUCUAUUAAAUCAAAAUGUGCCUUCAUUUUUUUUAUAUGCAAGAGAUAUUCUUAUGAUAACAUCAUGCCAUGUUAUCGUAAAAAAACUUUUCACAGGGGAACUCCACCAUAUGGUAUAAUGUAGCCAUUUUUUGGAGGACCCACCGACUCCAAAAAUUUAAAUCUUAACAAUUGAAGAGCGGUUUGUUAUAAUGUCGACCUGAAAUAUUUAAACACAUUUAAUAUCACAUUAACAUAUAAUAAUAUUUAUAAUUCUAUAAUCAAAACCUGUUUAACAUUUUUCUUAACUUUAAAACAACUAAUUAUGGCGAAUAUUUGAAAUUGAAAGUUUCUCAUCGGGAGUAUAUUUCAAUAUUAUUAGAAUAUGUUCAAUUAACAAUCACUGCCAAGAUGUGACUGUGUCAUGUCCGACUAUCAUCCUGGGAAUAGUUAAAGGUAGACAGCGAUCGGUCUUUCCAAGCACUGUUUAAUCCGAAAUCGAAACGUCAUUAUGCUUAGUGCGAUAAUGGGACGUAUUUGCACAUCAUUGCGAUAUUUAAAGUUACGUUUUUCUCUACCCGUGUAAGAUGUGUGCAAAAAGGGAAUUCCAUUUUGACGUAGUAUCACGUGAUAUUUCACGUCUUCCAGUUUUUACGGUAUCGAUCGAUGGCUCCCUUCAACUGUGGAUAUAACAAACUGAAGAUGAUAGCCCAUGCUCGAGAUAUCCAGCUUCCUUUUGUCUGGAGUUAAGUGUGUUGAGUAUGUACAGUAAAUAUUUGUAUAUAUUGGAAGCGUGUUAUGUACAUGAAUGCCCGUCUGUGUAUAUUGGUUGGUUAAUUAAACUAUAACACUGCCAGCAUUCCAGUGCUGAGACGUCAGCUCGUAUCAUAGUAUACCCCUCCCCCAAGAAUGUGUCAUUCCAAUAGCAAUACUACUGGAACGAAGAUAAGCACCACUUUUAUAUUUUCAUUAUGUUCAAUUUCCAUUAAUUUAUUCUUUGGGUAUAUCUAUAUAUGGAAUACGAAUGAAACCAUCGCAACCUGCUGACAAUUUGGCACAAUAACACUGUGGAUCUCCUGAUACACAUUUUACUGCCCAUAAGAUUAAUUUUUCGCUCCUGUACUCAACGGUGAUUUGCACAUCAGAAUCGCUACGGACCUCCACCAAAGUUUUCCCCAUCUUCGUCCUGCUUUUGCAUAGGAAAACUGAUCUUGAUUACUAAAUGUUCCUCAAGUUUGUCCACUUUCUAAAGGUCACAGAUCCCUGCUUAGUUUACUGACUUGUCACAGCGAAACAAUUUGCUCAAGUGAGCAUGGUUUUAAGCCGCUUUUAGCAAUAUUCGAGCAAUAUCACGGCGGGGGACACCAGAAAUGGGCUUCACACAUUGUACCCAUGUCGGGAAUCGAGCCCGGUCUUCGGCGUGACGGGCGAAUGCUUUAACCACUAGGCUCCUCGACCGCCCCUUGACUAGAGUGUCUUUCUGGAUAUACUUCUGUGAUAUCAUGUGAUGACCGCAACAACAUGUUUCACUGUUAUACAAUUCUUCUAUUUGAGGCUAAAAACAUCAAUCAACUCUCAUUUUUCAUCAUAUUUUCGAGUUUUGUAGUUAAAUACCGAUAGCCGUAUUUCCUAAACUAUUUUUGAUCUUUUUAGUUUUGUGCAUUAAGUAUGACUAUGUUCCUUUGUAAGCAAAAAGAAAUGUUUUUCAUCAUAAAAUUAAUACAGGAUAUCACAAAAAUGGCUAUAUUUCAUAUGGAAAUAUAUAGUGAUGCUUGACUUUUUCCCAGGGGUACAUGUAUGUGUUUAGCAUUUUUAGCCAGAACAUUCCUUGUAGAAGAAAGCGGGUAAUACCGGGCGACUCAGCACAUGCGAAUAUUUGGACAGAUUUUGAUGAUGGGUAACGUUUUGGCACAGUGAGUGAGUUGUGUUUUACGCCGCUAUUAAACAACAGUAUUUCACUUAUGUCACGGCGUGUCAGAUUCACGUGCAGUUAGAACUGACUCAGCAUCCUGGCUUGAUACGGAAUCAGAAUUCUUCGGAAGCGGUCGUGUGAUCUCAUGUAAUUGUUUAAACGAGUAGUUGAUGUAUAUUUCUCACAACUUUGGUGAAUGAAUUAUUGACAUCGUCACAUAAAAGGAUUCCAUCCGAUUGAAACAAACCGGUCAAUUCAUUACCCAAUAACUAUAAAGUUUGGGUACUACGUCACGACUGCAUUCUCCACGGUUAAAGGUCACUGUUUCGUGUGUACUGAUGGCGUAGUACCCACCCAUUUGCAAGACUAGGUCAGAGGACAACAUACGCGCGAAGUAGAUGGUAUUGUUUUUAUUUAAAGUUCCACUUUGGGAAUUCUUGGACCCAUCCCACACAAAAAUCGGUCCAAAUAUUCGUGAAGUGAUGCCGAGUAACCGCGGACUUCUGAGAAUAAAUAAAGAAACAGGAAAGGGGGAAUUCACCGCAGUAUCUUGAUAACCAUUGUGAUGUAUCAGUAAUAUAAUCAUAAGUUUUCCAAAGAAUUUAAACUGGUGAAAUGUUUACACAUUUCUAUUCAACGACCAGCUCUCAUGAACAGAUGACGUGAGAGUCUAUUGAUGACUUUUGAUAUUGUAUAUAUUGUAUAUUAGACGAACAGUUCCAUAUCUAUCGCUACGUGUUAUUUUUGUAUACCAAAGUUGAUCGUUUUACUUAUAUAUAUACUGUUACUGCGUUUUUGUCUGGACUCAUUUGGUUUUCAGACAUUUGACACUUUCAGUGUUGCGAUAAAAUUCUCCUACGCUUACACUUGUAUACGUUAAACUCGCGUUGCAUCUCAGAGAUCAGUAGUAAUAAUAGCUACAUGUGUCAUUGAUGCUGAAACAAGUCGAUGCGCAUAGAUGCCCUUUAAGACCACGGGAUCUGUGUUUUCCUAACCAAAAUAUACAACGUAAAUCAAGGGAAUAAUCAGUCUCGGUCAUCUGUCGAAACAGAUUACGUUGAGAGUGAAAGGCAAAAUUGUUAUAAAAGUUAUGUGACUGGAACGCUAAAAAUUGAUGACAC